AUGGGUUUAGAUUGGAUACAAGAAUUGAAUUUAUGUAAUAUGUCAAUCAAUUCUAUUUGUAAUAGUAUUUGUCAAAAUCAGGAUAGUAUUCAAUUGUGUUCAAAUCCGAAUAAAGAUACUCACCUGAAACAUUUUUUUUCAGAUGUAUUCGAUGGCAAAAUGGGGUUAUGCACUAAAACAAAAGCAGUAAUCACAACGAAACCAAACGUUCAGCCAGUAUUUAAGCCAAAGCGUCCAGUUGCAUAUGCGGUACAACAACUAGUUGAAGAUGAACUCAAAAGACUCCAAGAAUUAAAGGUUAUUUCACCAGUAAACUUCUCCGCAUGGGCAGCACCUAUAGUUGUUGUGAAAAAAACAAACGGAAACGUACGCAUAUGUGCUGAUUUCUCAACUGGUCUAAACAACUGCCUCGAAUCACAUCAAUACCCAUUACCAUUACCAGAAAAUAUAUUCUCAAAAUUGGCAAAUUCAAAAAUAUUUAGCCAUAUAGAUUUAUCGGAUGCAUUCUUACAAAUCGAGGUUGAUGACGCAUCGAAACAUCUACUAACAAUAAAUACACACAUCGGGCUAUUCCAGUACAACAGAAUGGUUUUUGGAAUAAAAACAUUUCCAGCAAUUUUUCAACAAAUUAUGGACCAAAUGUUAGCAGGACUAAAUUGCACUGCAUCAUAUAUUGAUGACAUAUUUGUUUCCGGUAAAACAGCAUAUGAACAUACAGACAAUUUAUAUGCAGUUCUUACAAGGCUACGGUACAAUCAAGAAGGGUUAAAACCUGAUCCAGAACGUAUUGCCGCUAUCAAGCAAAUGCCAGAACCAUCAAAUAUUACAGAAUUACGUUAUUUUCUUGGCGCAAUAAAUUUUUACGGGAAAUUUGUUCCGAAGAUGCGUGAGUUAAGAGGACCACUUGAUAAUUUACUUAAGUUAAAUGUAAAAUGGAAAUGGGACGCGAUACAUCAGAAGUCUUUCCAUCAUCUUAAAGCUAUAAUGUCAUCACAUUUAUUAUUAUGCCAUUAUGAUCCAAAUCAGAAGCUAAUUGUAGCUGCUGACGCAUCAAACUAUGGGUUAGGCGCAUGCAUCAUGCAUGAAUAUUCAGAUGGAUCCAUUAAACCUAUUUGCCAUGCUUCACGUUCUCUCACUCCGGUAGAACAAAAAUAUAGCCAGAUAGAAAAAGAAGGACUUGCACUCAUAUUUGCAGUUACCAAAUUUCAUAAAAUGUUGAAAAAUGAGUUAUCAUUAAUAUAUGAAUGUGUUGUGUACGGUGAACGUAUUGUUAUCCCACAAGUCUACAAAAAACGUGUACUUAAACAAUUACAUCGUGGUCAUCAAGGUAUUGAGCGUACCAAGGCAUUAGCACGGAGUUUUGUAUAUUGGCCAAACAUUGAUACUGAUAUAAAAACAUUUAUUCAAAAUUGCAAUCAAUGUGCAAAUGCAGCAAAGAUGCCUACGAAAACAUUACUUCAUUCUUGGCCCACACCAAGCGAACAGUGGGAGCGGGUGCAUAUAGACUAUGCUGGACCGAUAGAAGGAUGGUAUUUUUUGGUCAUUGUCGACGCAUAUUCAAAGUGGCCGGAAAUUGUUCAAACAAAAGCAAUGUCAUCCCAAGCAACCGUGAAUAUUUUAAAUGAUAUUUUUGCCCGAUUUGGUCUGCCAAAAACAAUCGUAUCAGAUAAUGGAACACAGUUUCGUAGUGAACAUUUUGAACAAUUCUUAAAACAUAACGGCGUUGAACAUCUAUAUUCCAGCCCUUACUAUCCAAUGUCGAAUGGUCAAGCUGAAAGGUUUGUAGACACUUUCAAAAGAUCUUUAAAAAAAUUAGAAGGAGAGGGGACGAUCACACAAAAUUUAUGCACAUUUCUUCAGACAUAUCGUUCAACACCGAAUGUAAACUCACCAGAGAAGCGAUCUCCAGCAGAAGUCAUGUUCGGAAGGAAAAUGAGAAUAAAUUUAGAUUUGCUGCAGCCAAAAAAGCUACACAAUGCAAAGUUAAGUCCAAAUAAAUUCAAAAUGGAAAAGCAAUUUAACAAAAGGUACGGUGCCAAGGAAAUAAAAUACUUUCCAUCAGAUAAAAUUUACGCCAACAUUCCAAAUGGAGUUAACCGUUUCAAAUGGAUGCCUGGGGAAGUCAUUGAGAAAAAAGGAAAAGUAAUGUACAAUGUUAUUCUGAACAAUGGAAAAUUAAUUCGAAUUCAUUGUAAUCAAUUACGAAAGCGCUACCACGACCAAAAUAAUAACCACAGGUUUUGGGAAGCUGCACUAGAUGUGUAUGAUUUACCACAACAAUCAGAUCAGUUUACAAAAGCACUCAACAAUCAGACACUGCCAAAUAUUCUACCACUAUCGACAUCGCCAACCGAGUUACCCAUAAUGCCUACAACAAUUUCAACACCUACAUCACCUGUUCUUCGUAGGACAACACGUAAUCGCAUAGCAGUCACUAGGUUUCAACCACAGUAA